UAGUGGUGCAUUUACACCCUUACAUACAGUUGUUUUUUUUUGCGCUGUGGCUAAGUCUGCAGAGCCCAGAUAGUGGUUAAGUAUAUCCUGGAGCAGCAGUGUGUUAGACUCUUCUAGUUGACGGUGACGUUUGGUGGUGGGGGUAGGAGGGGGGUUUGGGUGUGCAGCAGUUUGAAAUUGAGACAGUGUUUGAAGUCCUUUGAAGAGACUUUGUGACAGGAAUCGAGAGGAAGGUCACUAAUCCGGCAACCUUAGCAGGUGCACCAGCUGCCCGCUGCCCACCAUUGCAGAAGUGGUGAACUACUUGGAGUCAAAUACCAGCCUGGCAUACAAAGUGCAUGGUCAGUGUAACGAUCUAGUUCAGCUGGGGGGAGAAAAAGAGUCCCGCCUUGAAGCUGCUUUGAUUUUGGACCCUUUUGAUGGACUGAAAAUGGCAGAAAUAAUUGGAUCCACUACAAUUGAUAAUCUCAGUUCACAGAACCUUAUGGCAAAGGCUCUCUACGACAAUAAAGCAGAGACACCUGAUGAGCUGGAAUUCCGUAAAGGAGACAUCCUGACGGUGAUAGAAAGAAAUGUCAAAGGAAACGAGGGAUGGUGGCGUUGCUCUCUGCACGGACGGCAAGGCAUUGCUCCUGGAAACCGUCUGCAGCUGCUCACUGGGUCGCAGUAUGACAUCCCGUCUUUGUACUUGCCACCUUACUCAUCACAGAGCAGGCCGUCACAACAAAAUAUCUACCAGACGCCAAAGAAGCAACAUCAAAACUUGACCUCAACUCCUAGCUCCGGGUCAAAGGAUAAUGUCUAUCAGGUGCCCUCCAUGUCCCAGUCACACAGUCAGAUCUACCAAGUGCCGAUGUCAUCUGCUGAAUUCCAUGGCAACAUGGGCCUGGCACAUCCAAAUCACGCAUCUACUCUUCCCAGAAUGGGUCAGGCACCCCUCCUUAACUCAAUGUCUGGACCUUAUGCUGAUGCAUAUGAUAUUCCACCAUCCUAUGCUCCUGAAAUCCAGCACAGUCAGAUGUAUGGCAGUCCUGGACCAGCAAGGAAGUUCUCAAUGUUCCAAACCGAAGCAGAGAAGUCUCUAAUCCAGCAGCUGUACGACAUUCCCCUGAGCCUUGAGAGGCCCAGAGCUGCAGUCCCGCAGCAGGUGUACGAUGUUCCUCCAAGUGUAUGCAGAGAUGGGCCGAAUAGAGAGAGCAACUACGACAUCCCGGUGUCUUACGGAGGCGAGCCCCAGAGGUUGUCGGUCGGGCCGUAUUGCACCCUGCCCGCUCCCCGCAAACUCAGCUGGGACCCAGCGGACGCCAGCCGGGCUGCCAAAGCCGAGCUGUACGACGUGCCGCUCUCCAGGGACGGAGCCGCCGUGCCCAGGAAAGCCCUGUACGAUGUUCCUCCCACCGCGGGCGGCGCUGGAGGCUGGGGUUCGCCUCACCACGGCACGCUGCCGGCCAGGCUGCAACAUCCGGGCACUGCCCGCCAGGCGCUGUACGACGUCCCCCCGCCGGCGGCGCAGCGGUCACUUUAUGACGUACCCCCGGCGCGCGAGUGGGCUGACUCCAACCGCCGCCUGUCGAAGUUUCCAGAAGUCUACGACGUGCCGGUGAGCGCCGCCAGGCUCGGCCCGGACGCCGCGCCUCACAACGUUUACGACCUGCCCAGGCUCUGCCCCGGAGGCGCGGGCGGUGCCAGGAGCCCCGCGGAGCCCGUCUACGAUGUGCCCCCGCAGGUGUCCAGGGACGGGCAGGCCUCCCGGGAGGGGAAGGAGCCCGGGCCUGAGCCCGACCCCCAGCCCCAGCCCCAGCCCGAGCCCGGCCCCGCGGUGCCCGACACCGCCCGGGAGAUCACCCUGGACGUGGAGAUGGCCGUCGGCCGGUUGGUGCAGCUGCAGCAGCAGGUCGCCGACUCGGUGGGCAGCAUCAUGGUGUUCGUCAGCAGCCGGUGGAGGCAGCUGUCCUUGCUGGAAGAGAACCUCGGCCAGAUCCGCUCGGCGGCCGGCCGGGUGAUGAAGUCGCUGGGCGCCCUCAUGGACUUCGUGAGGGGGGUGAAAGUCAACGCCGCCCGCCUGACGGAUGGCAACCUCCAGAACCGGCUGUACAAGCAGCUCCUGAUCCUGGAGGACUCCUACCAGAUCAUGGUGGAGACCUGCCAGGCACUGGGCACCUCGGACUGGUCCCUCGAUGUCCUGGUGGUGAGCGACCCUCAAGCCAACCCUGACGACCUUGACCGCUUCAUCAUGGUGACCCGGACCGUCCCAGAUGAUGUGAAGCGACUUGCGUCCAUUAUAAUUGCCAACAGCAAGCUUCUCUUCAACCAGGUGGCAGGGAGGAAGGAGAGACAGUGUCAGCAGCCAUCCCCUUCAACGCCGGGCAAACCACAGUCCACCAGUGACAACCAGCCUCGUCCGCAGAGGAAGAGCAACGGGCUCUCUAUUAAACAUAAAGCCCCACUGCCAACGCCUCCAAGGAAAGAACUUAAUUCAAAGCCAAGCUACCUGCUAAUCGCCAAGCAAACUCACAUAGAAGACUGCGAUUACGUCCAGUUACAGAGGAAAGAGGAAUUCAAAAGGCAAGAGCAAAAAAAGGAAAGCAUCAAACACCAAGAGAGAGAGAGCUUCAAGCAAAAGAAGCUCCUUUUAGAACGAAAGAUGACAGAAGAAAAGAUUCGAAAACCAAGAGAUAGCAGUAUUAAAGAUCUGAAGUCCCUGACCUCUGGCAGUGACCAAUGCAGAAUGUUCUUCAAUGCCCUGCAAAAGGCUAUCAUUGCGUUCACUGACAAUGUCAAUGAAAACCAGUCCUCUGAAGUUUUAAUCAAAAACAGCAAAGUAGUGAUAAUGAUUGGCCAAAAGCUGGUGGACUUGCUGUGCCGUGAGACUGAACAGAAGAACGUUCACAAAGAGAUGCUUAGUAGAAGCAAUCAGUUCUGUGGAUGGAUGAAAAAGGUCGCCAUGGCAACCAAGAAUGCAGUAAUGCAGCCAAACCCCACGGCCUUACAAGAGAUGAAAGAUCAGGUGGCAGAACUAUCUCAGCAGGCCGAACAGCUCAGGCUCCUAUUAGAACAAGCCACAUCUUAGAGGGGAGCUGAAAACUGAGAAGCAUUUUAUUUUAUCUCUUGGCUAAAAUUCACUUUACAAAAAAAAAGAUUUUUGCAUUUUUCUAAUUUGUUUUAUCUCUUGCCAUUUGAUUUAAGCCAGUUUUUAAUGAGACAGUGCAGUAUAGCAAACUGGGAUCAAGGUUUUAUUCAAUAACUGGUUAAACUGAGGAAGAAGCUAACUGCUAGAUUUUCAAUCAAUUAAAACUUUGUUCCUGUGCAGUGGCAUCACAUUUUCUGUAUUUAUGGCUAAACGAAACAGUAUUUAUUAAAAAGGGUUGGAUAUUGUACAAGAGGAAUGAAUCUGGUUCAUCAUAAACUUGCCACAUCAGAAUUCAGAUUCUAUAACCCCACCUUUCCACUCUUUCUGCACCAAAAAUGUCUUAGUUUGAACUGUUUUAGAGUUCAUUAUAACCUAGGUGAAAAGAAGUAGCUUUAGCAAUGUUUAAAACUAAAGUUAAAUUCACUAACUAAACUGCAACCUGUGUUUUCACCAGAGAAGUUUCAUUAUACCAGGGAAUUGCUUUUAGAACCAUAAAGUAGUAUAAAAGAUAUAGGUGGAUUUCUGAUUCCUCUCCCUGGCUUCAAGAGGCAAGACAAAAAUAACUGGCAAAAUGCAGAAGAAGCAUUGCUGUGAGUACAAAAGCAACUAGAGUUGAGGUGGAAGGCUGUAUUUUAGUGUGUAGCAUGAAGUUGCCCUAGCAAAUCUGGAGAGUGUGUGAAUUGGGGGAAAACUCAUCUGGUUAUUCAUACGUUGAACAAAUGAAGAUGGUUGUAGUUGUUGGCAGUCAGUCAUCUCAGCUCCUGGAUAUCUUUUCAGGGGUUCCUCAGGGUCGAGUCCUCAGCCCAAUCGUGUUUAGCUGCUUCAUGAAUGACCCUCCCUCCAUCACAAGGUCAGGACUAAGGAUAUUUGCUGAUGAUUGCACAAUGUUCAGCACCAUUAUAGCAGCAGUGUCCACCAUCGAUAAGAUGCACUGCAGAAAUUAACUAAUGCUCUUCUACACCUUCCAAACCCACAACCACUUUCUUCUAGGAUGACAGUAGCAGGAAAUACAUGAAAAUGCCACCUUCGGGUUCCCCUCUGGUCACUCCCCAUUCAUUCUUGGAAAAAUGUGACUAUUCCUUCAGUGUCAUUGUGUUAAAAAUUUGGACCUCCCUUUCUAAGGGUGUCAAGGAUCUACAUAAACCACUGCAAUCCAUGUGUUGUAAGAAGCUCACUACCACAGGC